AAGACCAUCCAUCCCCUCCGCACACGCCAUCAGCCGACCAGCCAACUUUACUUGGAAAUUUACGUGUGCUUGAAUCCAAACAGCUCUCAAGAUGCCGCCAAAGAAGAACCAGAAGAAGUCACAACAGACCUCCAAGGCUAACUCCAAAGCACCCUCCAAGGUCAACACUCCCCAGCCACCUGGAACACCACUCGAAGCGGUGCCAUCUAAGCCUCUUGGGCCAGCUAUCGUUGGAAUUAACUUUGGCCAAACUGCUAGUAGCAUCGCUCUGAUUAACAAGGACGGUACCGCAGAUUGCAUUGCCAACGAUGAUGGAGAGCGGCAGAUACCUAGCGUGAUCUCCUUCUCCGGGAGUGAAACAUAUGUCGGCAAUCCAGCUCGAUUGCAAUUAAUUCGAAACCAAGCCAAUACAAUCGUUGGAUUUCGGAACCUACUGGGCAAAAGCUACGAUGAGGUUAAAUCUACGCAGACCAAAACCCUGUUCAACUCUGCGCCGAUCAUCAACAAAGAUGGCCAGCCUGCUUAUCUGAUCAAGCCCUGUGCCGGGGAAGAAGCCAAUGAUGGAUCCGCCGAGCAAGUCCUAACGGUCACCGAUAUUGCGACCAAAUACCUUAGCACUUUGUUGAAGUAUGCCCAAGAUUUCAUCGGUCGCAAGCCUGAUGCAGCCGUGCUCUCGGUCUCUGAAGGGUUCGGUGAUAAGCAAAUCGAAGCCUUGCGAUCGAUUGUAGAAGAUAAAUUGGACGUGAAGGUCCUGCAAUUUAUUACCGAAGCUGGUGCGACCGCUGUUGUUGCUGACUUGGGAAACGCAAGAUUGGGUAAGCCGAGCCCGGAUGGUAACCUACUGGUCUUGGAUGUUGGUGGAUCCUCUACAACCGCGACGGUGAUGUCUCGUCGGAAUGGAUUGGUGAUUUCGUUGGCCAGCUCUACCAAUCAUCAGUUGGGAGGCAAUCACUUCGAAGACCAAUUGAUGGAUUAUUUCGUCAAAGAAUUCAACAAGAAGAAUAAAACUACUCUCAACAUCUCAGAUGAGAAAAACCACAAGUCUGCGAUCAAACUACGACUCGCCACCGAGGUGACCAAGAAGACCUUAUCGGCUUCGAAUUCGGCUAACUGCAGUGUUGAUAGCUUGUUUGAUGGGUACGAUUUCAGUGGAAGCAUCAACCGGAUGAGAUGCGAUCUACUAUUAAGUAAAUCAUAUGCCCAAAUCAUGCAGCUGGUAUCCGACACAUUAGCCAGCAGCAAACUGCAGAAGGAGGAAAUUACUCAGGCAAUCCUUGUUGGAGGCUCGACAAAGCUGCCGGCAAUCAAGGAGAAGCUCAUCUAUGCAUUACAUUCCAACGUGAACGUAGACUUUUCGAUCGAGAACGACGAGGCGGUAGCCAUUGGCUGUGUACUUCAAGCUGAUUUGAUCGUCAAGCGCUACCCUCUCGACUCGCCCGAGUUCACCGCCGCUUUCAAGCCGUCUCUAGCGUCUACCUGUCUCGAGGUGAAGUGUCUUUCGAAGCCGCUGGGCUUACUGCUCCCGGCGGGUGACUCAGCGGCAGCCGACGCGGUGGACGGGAAACGGUUUAUCACUCUGCUAGAUGCGUUGACUCCACUUCCAGUCAAGAAGGUCUUCAAGAUCCCCAAGAUCAGCCCCGGAAAGGCCAGCACCUUGCCGCUCGAUCUCUGGCAAGGAGAGUCGUACAUCAAGACGGAUAGUCCCCAGACCCAAAACGGAACUGCUAAGAAGGAGAAUGCUGAUGAGGAAGACGAUGAUGAAGAAGAGGAAGAACCCGAGCGGAUCCUGGUCGUCAAACCUACCUCCGCUAUCGCCCACGUUGACAUCGCAAAUGUACAAGAAGCCGACCAGGCAACAAUUACUAUCAUCAUCGAUGGUAAUCAAGGUUUGUUCGAGGUUUCUAGCGGGAAAAGUGGAGUCGAAAACUCCAUCAAAUCGACAUUUUCGAUAUAAACAACUCCUUUUCCUGUUCAAGAACUCGUUAGAAAACUAACUCAUUUGUGAAGAGUUACAUUUGGACCAUAGUCAAACCUGUCCCUUUUUUUUCUUUUCAUUUCUUUAAUUGAUAGAGUCUAGAAGUUGAGAAUACAUAAUGUGAAACAAGUCAUACUCUAUUAUUCAUGCAGGAUCUGAGCAUUUUCUUGGUUCUUUCUUCUUCCUUUCCUUCCUUACCUUUUCCUUUUCUUUUGUUUUCUUUCAAUCUUUUCAAUUGUUUGUUUUUGAUCCUCAUUGAUCAAUAAUUUCUCCUUGAAUGAAUUGAUUUGGAAGGCUUACAUUUCUCAAUUUGAUCUUUCUCACCAUCUUUUUCUUGACAUCAAUGGAUGACUUUUUGUCGACAUCUGCGG